AUGGCAAACUUUGGGGAAGAAAGUUCUGAGCUGACGACAGCCAGUGUCCUCAAGAGGAACAUCGCUUGGGAUACCUACUUAACUGCUCGUCUCAUUACAGACCACGACCUGCAGCUGAUCCGCCGGUAUGACAAGAAGAAUCCAGAAAUUCAGCAGGAUCUCCUCCAGGAGGAGGGUCCAGCAUAUGCAGAGGCUUUCUUCAACGUGCUGCGCAGUGUCACAAAGGAGGACACAGUGCAGUAUGUGCUGGCAAUUCUCGAUGAGAUGGUGGCAGGCGAUCCCAAGCGGGCUGCCUACUUCCACCAGCAGAGCAACCCACAGAAGCCUUCUCCCCCUGACCCAUACACACAGCUCACAAGAAUGCUGCAGCGGACGGACUGGUUCACUCAGGAGAAGGCGGCCACGAUGCUGACAGCCAUACUGGCGGCGCGGCCCAACAGGGGCACUGCAGAAACGCCGCUGCCGCCGCUGUCCGAGGCCGUCCAAAACAUCCUCGUCACCUUCGUCGACUGGCUCACAUCCCAGCUCCGGCGGCCGUCGCACCCGGGGCGCAGCGUGCCGCUGGCGGUAGGCUGCCUGGCGCGGCUGCUGCGGGAGCCGGCCGCGCGCGCGCUCUUCACGCGCGCCUCGGGCGCCUCCCUGCUCGCACCGCUGCUGCGCGGGGCGGCCGGCGCCGGGUCGUCGUCGGGGCAGCCGCCGCCCAGCGCGCAGCUUCUCUAUGAGGCCGGCCUGUGUGUGUGGCAGCUCACCUUCUACGCGCCCGCCUCUCAGGCCAUGGCCAGCGCCAGCAUCGUGCCCAGCCUCGUGGACCUGGCGCGCCACGCCUCCAAGGAGAAGGUGGUGCGUGUUGCUUUGCUGGCGCUGCAGAAUCUGCUGGCAGCCCCCGGCCUGGAUCUGGCGCCCGAGAUGGUGGAAGCCGCUUUGCCCAAGGUCGUCCAGCAGCGCCUGCUCCAGAAUUGGGAGGAUGAGGAUGUGACGGCGGCGCUGGAGGCGUUGAAGGAGGCGCUGGCGGCCAACAUCAAGCUGCUGUCGUCGUGGGACAAGUACAAGAAGGAGGUGCUGUCGGGCAGCCUCGACUGGUCCCCCAUGCACACCAGCGAUCUGUUCUGGCUUGAAAACGCCCCCAAGUUUGAGGAGCGCGACUUCCAGGUGUUGCGCGUGCUGCUGAAGCUGCUGGAGCAGAGCCGUGAGAACCGCACGCUGGCCGUGGCCGCGUCAGACCUGGGCCACUUCAUCUCCGCCCACCCACAUGGCCGCAACAUUGUCACCGAUUUGAGAGGCAAGGAGCUGGCAAUGCGACUGAUGAUGCACCCGGAUGCAGAGGUGCAGAAGCAGGCGCUGCUGGCUGUGCAGAAGAUUUUGCUUGCCAAGGACAAGGUCGCCUACCUCAAUAAUUGA